AUGAAACGGAACAAUUUGAGUAUAAGUCGGCAACUUGGACUUGCUAGUACGGUUUGUUCAAAUCAUUUUGUUGAUGGCUGCCCGACUAUUAUGAAUCCACUUCCAACUUUGAACAUAGAACCACCUCCAAAGGAUAAAGAAGAUAAAAAGAAGUCAGCAUCUAGACUUUACAAAUCAAUCAUUGAAAGAAAUCUAUUCAAUAAAACUCAAGAGAAAUAUCGAGAACAACCACAGCAGCAACAACAACAACAGCAGCAAGAGAUUGUGAAAUUAUCAGAAACUGUAAAAAGUAGCCUACAAAGAUCUUCAAACAAAGUAUUAGAGCAAUUACAAUGUGUAGAAGAAUCAAGAAAUGAGAAAUUAUUCAAGGCUAUGCUAUAUCAAAUGACACCUCAGACACAGAACAAACCCCAACAAAAAAUAAAUGUUUCUGCAGCAUUAGGAAAACCAGCCAACAUUGAAAGAAGCAGGAAAAGUCCUUUAAACAUUGCAUCUACCAGUAAUUCCACAGUGGAAUCAAAAACCAUUGAAGUUGAAAAUGCUUCCCCUCCACCUAAAAAAGUCAGAGAAAUUCACAUUGACAUUGAUGUCUCUGAAGAGGAGUCACCUGUUGUCUCAAAGCCUCUCUUGCAACCAACCAUUGAACCUCCUGCACAGAAAUCAGUGACUACAUCAAUGAAAUCUACACCUGCUCAGCCAUCAUCUGUUGUCCAUAAUCCUGUCCUUGAUAUUAAUGUUCCUCAAAAACAGAAACGUAUUCUGGUUGUUCCAAAUCAUCAACAAUCAGUUAUGUCUAACCUUUCAUCUUUAUGGAAGGCUGGAAGGUUAUGUGAUGCCUUUAUUAGCAAUGGUACAGUCAAUGUAAAGGUACAUAAAAUGAUUCUUGGUGCUGUGUGUCCUAAAGUGCUUGAUGUUUUCUACAGUACACCUCAGCAUAAGCUACCAAAAGUGACAUUCCCCAAUUCUCAUCUCCCCCUAAUACCCCUCUGUGGGCAUGGACAGCUCCUCCCCCCUCCUUUCUUGGUAUCUCCUCUGUGCCUGCUACUCUUCAGUGGGUGCAGGCUGCUUAUCCAGCUUCCUUGGUCUCUCUUCUGUGCCUGUCACUCUUCAGUGGGUGCAAGCAGCUUCUCCACUUUCCUUGGUCUCUCUUCUGUGCCUGUUAUUCUUCAGUGGGCAUGGGCAGCUUCUCCACCUUCCUUUGUUUCUCACCUGUGCCUAUCACCUCUACCACCCAGCAAACACUAA